AAAAAAAAUAAUAAUUUAUACCUUUAUAUAGAUUAUAGAAAUUUAAAUAAAGUUUCUAUCAAGAAUUGUUACUCUUUAUUUCCUAUUUUAAAGAUUCUUAAUAAGGUUUUAAAUAAUAAAUAUUUUUUAAAAAUUAAUAUCAAGAAUACCUACUAUCAAAUUUAUAUU